AUGAAAGUAACCAAACCAAAACAGACAGUUGCACCUAUUCUAGGUCGUCCAGUAUAUGAUGCAUUUGAAUCUGAUUUGGAAAAAAGAAAGGUAAUCACACCAAUUCGAUGCUCAUUUGAUUCUUCUAAUAAAGUCAUAAGUAAUAAAAAAGUGCUUAAUUCUUUAACUGAUAAAAAUAAAGAAGAAGUAAAUAUGGAUCACUGUUAUCAUUCAAAUUCACCAGUUUUGAAUGUCAUAUCACAGUCCUCUAACAAAUCAUGGUUCAUAUCUUGCAGUGAUAUGGAAAGAAAUUGUGAAAAGGAAUUAGAAAAUUCUAUUACGUAUACUCAUUCGUCGAUAGCAACGCAUCAUGUAACAGACGAUAAAUCAUUAAUCCAUUUGUGUGACGCUUGGAAAGAUUUUAGAGUUGCUUCGAAAUUCAAGAGUGUUAUUCUCCAGAAAUAUGUACAUUUUGUAUUCGCGGAUCUUUUUAAUAUUCGUUUUUCUCAUUUGUUGGCAUUAGUACUGCAUAUUGAGUUUGUUACUUUACAGUUAUUUAAAGGUGGCGAAACAAAGAAAGCAGUAUGA